CAUCCGGAGGUGACGCACACGCGUACGCUCCGGAAGUGGGAGCGUCAGGAGCCGCCUGAGACGGGACGAUGUCCAAGGUCACCUUCAAGGUCACGCUCACUUCAGACCCGCGCCUGCCGUACAAAGUAUUGAGCGUGCCAGAAUGCACCCCGUUCACUGCUGUCUUGAAGUUCGCUGCAGAAGAAUUCAAAGUCCCUGCAGGAACUAGUGCUAUUAUAACAAACGAUGGAAUAGGAAUAAACCCUGCACAGACAGCUGGAAACAUUUUCUUGAAACAUGGUUCAGAGUUACGGCUUAUUCCCAGAGAUCGUGUUGGGAGCUGUUGACAAGUACAGAGUCCAUGUGCAGCUAGAUAAUAUACACAGCAAACAAAUAGUUCUGUAAGCCUCUUCACUAAGGAAUAAGCCCUUGUACCAUAAUGCAGUGUGUCUUGCAUUUCCCUGUGAAAUCACCAUGUGUCAGUAGUCAACUCCUACUAGGAAAAAAAAGGCUGAAUCUCAUUUUUAGAAAAGAAAAACUUCUAAAUGGGAGCUGUCUUCAGAUAUAUGAAUGCAUUUGCACUGAACCCAUAAUUCCUAAUGGAGCAGGCAUGUGCCCCCAAUACACUGAACAUUGAAGUGAAAAGGAAAACCUGUUCGAGUGAUUGUCCUUUGUGCUCUCUAAGGUAGCCUUCCCCAGCCUGAUGACCUCCAAAAGUUUUGGAGUUCCAGCUUCCAUCAGCCCCAGCCAACAUGGCCAACAAUGAGAAAUACUGGGAGCUGAAGUCCAAAACAUCUGGAGGGUACCAGAUUGGGAAAGGUUGCUCCAGGGAGUUUGCAAGUGUCUCUUACAGCCAUAGUAAAUUUUGCUCAUUGAAGUAUUUGCAUAUGCCAGUUUGGUUUAGAAGAUUUGAUCACAUGUUUAAGAACAUCUAGUUUAAAUAUUGGCUUGUGUGGAAAAGUAUUCAUGAUAUUGUGUUAAUCAAGUAACAUGCUGUGACAAAUGUUCUGACUUAUGUUUCAGUUAAACGUAUUUGGACUUGCAGCUCAAUUAGGAAUUCUCUACUGCAUUCCAGAAACAUUGAUUCAUUUGAAGGCUUAGAUUGCUUUUGGGUUGGAGGAAAAGUUGCAAGUAGGAUCUGUAUGCUUUGAAUAUGCCAACGUUGGUUUGUUUGUUCAGAAUGACAUUGUGUAGUUUCAAAGUGGUUUGUGUUUUACCAAGGAAUGCAUCUUACGCUGGAUGAAUAAUAAAUUAUACUUUAUAUGA